AUGCGUUGCUGCAGAGGGCAGGAGAGUAACGAAAGGGGUAAUGCGUUGGAGGCUGAGGGGAAGGAGGGAGACAAGAGUACACGCGUCUGCCCAAGACUCGGGUUCAGAUGCUGUCAAAGACGUACCUGUAGCCUUGGUACUGUAUCUACCCUUGGUAACCAAUUUUACGCAUCGCACGUAGCACACUCGAGCGAUUCCCCUCACUCUGUGGAGCACUCCCUGUGGAGCCCUCCCUCACGCCCCCCCAUCCGCCCCUCUUUCGCCCAGUCGCCCAGGCCCUUCUUCCUCCUCACCACCCCUCACCCUGCCCAUCUCACCGCCUCGAUUCCAUCACACCACCCUUUCCCCCCACAAUGGAUCAGCCCGUCAAGCUCGGCAAAGUCUCCAAGAUCAUCGGCCGCACCGGCUCGCGCGGUGGAAUUACACAAGUCCGCGUCGAGUUCCUCGACGACGCCAACCGCUCCAUCAUCCGUAACGUCAAGGGGCCCGUCCGCGAGGGUGACCUUCUCGCCCUCCUCGAGUCGGAGCGCGAAGCCAGGCGCUUCCGGUAACUUGCCUCCUCCGCCAGCAGUUGCGAUCCCGACCACCGCCGAUGCGUUUGAUUUGAGCUCGUGCGUGAUAGGCACAGAGUAUUUUGGCUUGUCGUGCCGGGUUGCUAGUAAAUUGCCCUCCCGUUAUGGGUCUUUUCGCUUGCUUCUCUUUUGCAUCCCCUGAGCAGUAAAAGUCGCCUUCCCACCUUCAUGUUCACUAUUA